GCUUCAUUUUAUCUAUUUUUUCCUUAAUACUCGUCACUUACCUUUUCAAGAACAAAAAGAACACACAUAGCAAAUGCUAUUCUGAAGCCACAUAUUUACCUGUAUGCAUGUACGCUUACGCAAUUUUUACAGUUUCAUAUAACCCUCCUCGACGAAUUCCCACUUUGUAAAAAAAAUUAAAAAUGGCAAAAAUUACAAAAAGUUUUGUGUUGUUACUUAUUUUAACAAUUUUGAAAAUAUGCUACUGUCAAGAUGUAAUCGAAUUGAAUGACUCGAACUUUGAGAACUUAACGCAGAUAUCAACGGGGAGCACCACAGGCUCAUGGUUCAUUAAGUUUUACGCCCCCUGGUGCUCGCACUGCAAAGCCAUGACGAAGACCUGGACGCAGCUAGCCGCAGACUUGAAGGGAACUGUGAACGUUGCUAAAAUCGACGUCACCACAAAUUCAAAGACAAGAAAAAGAUUUAAAAUUGAAGGGUUCCCAACAAUCAUAUAUUUUAAAAAUGGCAAGAUGUACGAUUAUAAAAAUCAUGACAGAUCAUUAGAAGCCUUUAAAAUGUUCGUGCAAGAAACGUAUAAAACUGUCAAGUCGUCGGACCCACCUAAGCCUCUCAGCUACAUGGAUGUCCUCAAAGACAUGGCAAAUGAAACUUUUUCAAAUAUCGAUCGAAUCUACAAGUACGCCUUCCCCUCUCUCAUGGCCAUUAUCGUUGUGUCAUUCUUAAUGGGAUUCAUUGUAGCUUUUGUUUCUAUUAAAUUUUGUUCCAUCUUCAGAGGCACACCAUAUAACUACGCCAAAAAGAAGGAUUAAGUCGGGGAACCGCAUCGACCUGCUCAUCCAGGUCAGCCUGAUCUACCCCAUCUGCAUAACCAUAUAGCCUAUCAU